AUGGUCACUGAUUUGUCUCCAACUAGGAUAAGAGAGAUAAUUAAGAUAAGAAUAUAAUUACAAGAAACAAAAUAGAAUUAUGGCUAUAAAAGAGAGACCCAUUGCCCAUCCUCUUUCAGGCCUACCGGAUUCAGUCUUUAGAUGGCUGAGAAGGAGAAGGAGAAGAAGGAGGAGAAGAAAGGCCCAAAGGUCGUCACGGUUAUCAUAAAGGUUGAUCUUGGAUGCCGAUGCUGCGCCAAGAAGAUAAAGAGCACUCUGUGCAAGCUCCAGAAGCGAUUCACGAUCAGUUCCUUCGGGUUCGAUAAGGAGAAGAACACUGUGACGGUCUCCGGCCCCUUCGACCCCAACGCCUUCAUAAAGCAGCUCUGCUGCAUGGCCUCCAAGGUGAUCAAAGACGUCUCUAUCAAACCGGACCCACCGCCCAAGCCGCCUCCUGCGCCGCCGCCACCACCAUGUCCGCCGCUGUGUCUGCCUCCGUGUCUGCAUCUGUGCCUGCCGCCGUGUCCGCCGACCCAGCCCUGCUGUAACUGCCAGUGUCCGCCAAUCAAGCCGUGUCCGCCUCCAUGCCCGCAGCAGUGUCCGCCGACCAAGCCCUGCCGUCACUGCCAGUGUCCGCCAAUUAGACCGCCAGAGUGGCCGCCGAUUUGGCCGCCAACGUGGCCGCCACACAUAUGUAAUACCGACUGUCCAUGCUUCAAAAUCGUGUGCGAGUCCGAGCCUUCCCCCAUCUGCUCCAUCAUGUAGUUCAAUUCUCUUAUAACUUCGCACAUAAAUAAUUCACUGAGCGGAUCUUGAGGUUGAGGAACGUCAACCUCGGAACGCAAUAAUGUACGCAAACUUAAUUUACCGUCAAUCGAGUUGCUUGUCUAUCUAGAAAUAUACAGUCUACUUCUCUUUA